AUGAGUUAUCAGGGCCUCCCUGGAAUAUACCCUGUCAACUCUUCCAAGCUGAACCAGGAACGGGAAUCCAAGAACUGCAUGGCUGUGGCUGGCCCGCGCCGAUUCAGUGGUGCUCAGUGGCACAUGCAGAAUGUCCUCAAAGACUCCGUGGAGAGCUCCGAUGAUGAAUUCUUCGAUGCACGAGAAGAGAUGGUGGAAGGAAAAAGUGCCAUCCUCAUAGGCAUGAGCCAGUGGAACUCCAACGACCUUGUUGAGCAGAUAGAAACAAUUGGGAAGCUGGAAGAAAAUCAAGGUGAAUUAUAUAGAGCCUCUUUAAGAAAACAAAGGUUCCCAGCACAAGGCAGUAUUGAAAUACAGGAGGACAAUGAGGAAGGAGCUCAACAUCAGAGCUGCAAAACACACGUGCUAAUUUUGAUCCUACAUGGGGGGAACAUUUUAGACACCGGAGGUGGGGACCACAGCAGCAAGCUGGCGGACAUCAACACCUUCAGUUCUGUGUUUGAGAAAGUGACCCGAGCCCAUUUCCCUGCUGCUUUGGGCCACAUCUUAAUCAGACUUGUUCCCUGCCCAGCAAUAUGUUCAGCAGCUUUCUCUCUUGUUUCCAACCUAAAUCCGUACAGCUAUGACGAGAGCUGUCUCAGCAGCAGUGAAGACCACAUCCCGCUGGCUGCCUUGCCCCUGCUGGCUGUUUCAUCCCCUCAGUACCAGGAUGCGGUUGCCAUGGUGAUCAGUAGAGCCAAUCAAGUUUACAACGAAUUUCUCAAAUCUACAGAUGGGGCUGGUUUUAACGGACAGGUGUGUCUCAUUGGCGACUGCAUUGGAGGAAUUUUGGGCUUUGAUGCCAUCUGCUCUAAUUCUAAUACAGCUGAUGAGAGUCAGAACAGUAGCAGGAGAGGAAGCAUCAGCAGCAUCCAGGAUAAUCCCCUCUUAGCAGAGGACUCCAGUCUGGGUGACAGCAAACGCCUGAGCAAAAGCAAUAUUGACAUCUCGGGAAUCAUGGAGGAUGAGAAGCCAAGGCAGCCGUUGCCUAGGAAACAGAGUGACUCAUCCGCCUAUGACUGUGAUACUAUAACCCAACACCAUGCUUUCCUGUCUAGCAUCCACUCAAGUGUGUUGAAAGAUGGUGCAGACUUUCCUCCUGUGACUUCCAGUCUCUCAGAAGUAAACCUGGGCCGAUUUGAAUUUGAGGUGUCUGAUUUCUUCCUCUUUGGAUCGCCGCUUGGUUUGGUGCUGGCCAUGAGGAGUACUGUUCUGCCUGGCCUGGAUGUGUGCCAGGUCCGCCCAGCCUGCAGCCAAGUGUACAGCUUCUUUCACUCUGCUGACCCCUCUGCCUGCAGACUUGAACCGUUGCUGGAGAAACGAUUCCAUCUCCUGCCUCCAUUCAGUGUCCCACGGUACCAGAGAUACCCACUAGGGGAUGGAAGAUCUCACCAGCUAGGUGAUGCUAUCCACAACCACAGUGCUCUCUUCCUUGAGAACAGCUCUUUGAACAUGCCUUUCUCUCAGGAGAGACCUCAGUCUCCACACGCAUCUGAUCAACCACAAGGGAAAACAAGAAAGUUGAGCUUGGCCAGCACAAACAGUGAAAACUCAGGGUCGACAGAAAGCUUGCCAUCAGCAUACCUCACCAACAUUACUGCAAAGUGGUGGGGAACAAAACGAAUAGAUUAUGCCUUGUACUGUCCAGAUGUGCUGACAGCCUUUCCAACUGUGGCCCUGCCGCAUCUCUUCCAUGCCAGCUACUGGGAAUCAACAGACGUUGUGGCCUUCAUUUUAAGACAGGUGAUGAGGUAUGAAAAUGUAAAUUUCAAGGAAAAUGACAAUCUGGAUCCAGCAACACUAAGUCAGUCCAAUCCACGAGAAAAAUGGCUACGCAAAAGAACACAUGUCAAAUUGAGAAAUGUGACUGCUAAUCACCGAGCUAAUGACGUCAUUGCUGCAGAAGAUGGUCCUCAGGUACUAGUUGGGCGCUUUAUGUAUGGACCUCUGGACAUGGUGGCUUUAACAGGUGAAAAGGUUGAUAUCUUCGUAAUGACCGAGCCAUCUUCGGGUAGGUGGGUGUACUUUGACACAGAGAUAUCCAACAGCAGUGGCCGGAUAUCCUACAACAUACCCAAACAGAAGAGGCUGAGAGUUGGUGUGUAUCCCAUCAAAAUGGUGGUCAGAGGAGACCAGAGCAGUGCUGCAAGUUACCUGACUGUGCUUCCCCGAGGGAUGGAAUGCGUUGUGUUCAGCAUUGAUGGUUCGUUUGCAGCAAGUGUUUCAAUUAUGGGAAGUGACCCCAAAGUCCGAGCUGGGGCUGUUGAUGUGGUCAGGCAUUGGCAGGACCUGGGAUAUCUGAUUAUCUAUAUUACUGGCCGUCCAGAUAUGCAAAAACAGCGUGUGGUUUCAUGGUUGUCUCAACACAACUUCCCACAAGGGAUGAUCUUCUUCUCAGAUGGACUUGUUCAUGACCCACUGCGACAAAAGACCAUUUUUCUCCGGAAUCUCGUGCAAGAGAUCUACAUAGUUGGACGAUCAACAAAGAAAUACCAAGCGCAGUGUCAAUUCCUCAGUGAAGGUUAUGCAGCCCACUUGGCCUCGCUGGAGUUCAGUCUCCAUUCACGACCCAAAAAGAACAACUCUCGGAUGAUCUUGAGAAAAGGCAGCUUUGGUCUCCACUCCCAACCUGAGUUUUUGCGCAAGAGAAACCAUCUCCGCAGGACUAUGUCUGUACAACAACCUGACCCACCUUCUUUGAACCCCAAGCCAGAGCGUGCCCAGAGCCAGCCCGAAUCAGACAAAGAUCAUGACAGGAAUUUGCCCUCCAUCGCUUGGGUUCGAGGUGGAGUUCACAAAUUUGAAUCUGUUCCCUAG